AUGGCAUCUGAGUUCAAGGAAAAGAUGAAUAAUGUGUUUGAACAUCUCGCUGGCAGAGGAGGCGUGGUUACUGAUGAUUGUUUAAGGAGGUAAACUUUCCACUGACUCUUCCGGGGGUGUUUUUACACUUGAUAUUUCCUUCUAGGGGCCUGUUUCUCGAAUGUUCAAGUAACUUUUGUUCCCGCAGACAUAUUAAAAGAAAUUCGAAAGAGCUGUAGCGCCGGUUUUCUCUCAAAACGAGUCUCAUUUGUGUCGUUAACCUAUAAUUUCACCAUAUGACUUUCAAAAGCCAAUCCGGCAGCAAAGUAGGCCUUUUCCGAGUUGCCUGAAGCUUCUGUUCUUAUGCGAGGCUAAGUGCGAAGCCAUUAAUAUGAAAAUGAUUUUUAAUUCUCAUGCAAAUAAACUCAUUUUCACGAGAAAGGUUUUGCAGUUAGCCUCGUUUUGAAAGUGAGAAUUUUUGGAACUCUGAAAAUGGUCUAUUUCCUUGAAAACCUAAAGCCCUCCCUGUGUGCUAAGGUACGGCAAAUUGGGCCACGAAAACAUACAACUUGUUUUGCAACAUUGCUGUAAAAAAAAGUUAAAAAGCGAUGUUGCGCGUUUUAAAAGCCACAUUCAAAUCUGUCUUGCAACAAAUCAUGUUGCAAGUUGCGAAACGUUGUUGCUGAAAGUAGAGAGUAGUUCUACUUAUUGCAACAAAAUCUGUUAGUGUACAUGUUGCGCGUUUUACCGGCCCAAGGCAAACUUUUUUUGCACAAAGUGACGUAAAUCCAGUGUAUGGCGUGACUCCUGCGUAUUUUUAUCCAAUCAGAAGUCAGUAUUCACGCAACUUGCUGUAACCUUUAUUUGUGGCUAAACAGGUUUGAACGUGGGUGUUAAAACACGCAGAAUCGAUUUUCAACACUUUCUUCAGCAAUGUUGCAAAAACGUUGCACGUUUUUGUCGCCGGUUUUACCGUAGCUUUAAGGUAACCUCUGUGUUUUAAAACCAGUUCUAUUAUUCUCAGCUUAUUUUUCGGUGACUUCAUGGAUCGUAAGGCGAACCCUCGUCUGUACGAUGAGAUACAAGACACAGAAAGCCUUAGUGUGGUA